AUGGCGGCGGCCCUGUCCGCCCUUGCUCUCUGGCUCUCCCGAUCAGCCGCCGCCCGCUCCUAUGGAGUCUUCUGCAAGGGGCUGACCCGGACCCUGCUCAUCUUCUUCGACCUGGCCUGGCGGCUUCGCAUCAACUUUCCCUACCUCUACAUCGUGGCCUCCAUGAUGCUCAAUGUCCGGCUGCAGGUACAUAUUGAGAUCCACUGAAUAUAUUUGGCUGACUGUAACAAAGUACUAUUUCUGGGUUUACUGCUUCAUAAGAUGGAAACU